GGUGGCUGCAGCAGAAAGCAGUAAGGCCUUGCAGGUUGGGUCUGAAAUGCCAGUUGCUGACUUCAAAAAUUGGAAAGGAAAAGAGAUUAAUAGAGAAACACCUAUUUUAAGACAAAAUGUAGUUUUAGAUGAUCAGGAGAGAGAGGAGCAAAUAUUUCAUUCACAGCCUGGUCACUGCCACAAGAAGCUUAGGAAGAUCCUGCUGUCCUAUGAUGUGUCAGUGGACUCUAUUAAUGAUCCUUUCCGAAGACAGAGGUUAAUGAGUGCAGCUACUAUUCUGACAGAUAAUUCGAAGUCAAAAUUGAAAUGUCCUGCAUUGUGGAAACGUUUUACUCUAAAGUGUCUAGUUUGGAAUUGUUGUCCAUUCUGGAGAGCAGUCAAAGAGAAGGUGAAAUUGGUGAUUUUGGAUCCAUUUGUUGAACUCUUUAUCAUGGUUUGCAUUAUCUUGAACACCUUAUUCAUGGCUAUGGAGCACCCUGGCAUGUUGCCAGAAACCAGAGAAAUGAUUACUAUAAGUGAUCAGGUCUUCACUCUGAUUUUUACACUAGAAAUGAUCUUGAAAAUCAUUGCUCUAGAUCCUUACUACUAUUUUCAGAACAAGUGGAAUGUUUUUGAUAGCUUAGUUGUUUUGAUUGGCCUACUGAGCUUUGGGACCAACCUGUCACCUUUCCGGGCGAUCAGGAUCUUCAAAUUGGCAAAGUCCUGGCCAGCCUUAAAUACUCUUAUGAGAAUAAUUCUAAACUCAUUUGGUGCUCUGAGUAACCUCACUCUAGUUUUGGCUAUCACUGUAUUUAUUUUUGCUAUAGUAGGAAUGCAGUUUUUAGGCACCAGUUAUGAAAAAAAAUUCCAUAAAAUAAGCACCAGUAAGGAUUUACGCUGGCAUAUGAAGGAUUUCAAUCAUUCAGUCCUGAUUGUAUUCCGAAUCUUAUGUGGAGAAUGGAUUGAAAUGAUGUGGGAAUGUAUGGAAGUGGCUGGAAAACAGAAAUGUAUUACCAUUUUCUUGCUAGUCCUGGUGAUAGGAAACCUGGUGGUGCUCAACUUGUUCAUUGCCCUGCUGCUGAGUUCAUUCAAUACUGAUGCCUCAGGAGGACAAGAGGAACCUGGAGAAAGGACUAAAUGUCAGAUUGCCCUUGCACAGAUUCACCAGGGCCUGAAGUCUUUGAAAGACAGAAUUCUGGAUCCUUGUGGUAGAAAAAUGAAAGGAAGCCUCAGAAAAACAGACAAAAAGAAGACUUCAGAAGAAAUUUCUGGCAAAAACGUAGAGGAUAAUAAUUAUGCCAUGACAGAUGUCAGAAAAUACAUAGACAACAAUUGCUUUGACAUAGAGUGUUACCAUAAUGAAGAGAAUUCCUCAAUAAUAAGGAAAUAUAAAGAUCUUUCCAGCAGUCACAGUACCUGUGUUCCCAUUGAAGCAGCAGAGAGUUACAGCGACAAAAGUGAUGAUGAGCACAUUGUGUUCACAGAAACAGAACACAGAAAACAGGGAGGCAGAUUAGGGCAUAAAGAACAGCGACAGAGUUCAAGCAGCUUCAGUCAGAUUUUUGGGACUCCUGAAACUAUAAAUGUUUUCACAGCAACACAUGAAAAGCAAGAGCAAAAAGAGAAAUGUGGUGCUGCUCACAGCUUUUCUGAAGCCAGCAGUGUGGAUGCAGCUGUUGGUCCGGAGAGGUUUUCCCAGACUAAAAACUCACACCUGCCUAAGGACUGCUUUGGAGAAAAUUGUGGUCAACGUUUCCCAUGUUGUGUAGUGGAUAUCACUAAGUUUCCAGGCAGAAGUUGGUGGAACUUCAGGAAAACCUGCUACAGAAUUGUUAACCAUAGCGGGUUUGAAUAUUUUAUGAUAUUUGUAAUAGUAUUGAGCAGUGCAGCACUGGCAUUUGAAGAUAUUCACCUGCAGAAUAGAAAAACAGUGAAAAUGAUCCUAGAUUAUGCCGACAAAGUAUUUACCUACAUCUUUUUGAUGGAGAUGCUUCUGAAAUGGGUAGCUUAUGGAUUGCACAGUUACUUCACAGAUUCCUGGUGUUUGCUUGAUUUUGUCAUUGUAUGUCUGUCAUUUGUUUCCUGGGGACUAAAUCCUGGUACGGAAGGCAAGGCACGUUGUUCCUCUGGGAGUGGCCUGAAAUCUCUCAGGACUCUUAAAGCAUUGAGGCCUCUACGAGCUUUGUCAAGAUUUGAAGGGAUAAAGGUUGUUGUCAAUGCACUCCUUGGAGCUAUCCCCUCAAUCUUCAAUGUUUUGCUCGUCUGUGUUGUCUUUUGGCUCCUAUUUAACAUUUUAGGAGUCAAAUGGCUUGGGAAAAGAUUUUCAAAGUGCAUACUCCAGGAAGAAAAUAUCAGUCUCAUUAAUAACAGAAGUGAUUGUGAGUCUCAUGGUGGAAAAUGGACAAAUUAUCCUGUAAACUUUGAUAAUGUUGGGAUAGGAUACUUGGCUCUGCUCCAAGUGGCAACCUUUAAAGGCUGGAUGGAUAUUAUGUAUGCAGCAGUGGAUUCCCGUGAGAUUAAUGAACAGCCAAAGUUUGAAGCAAGCUUACACAUGUACAUAUACUUUGUGGUUUUCAUUAUUUUUGGAUCUUUCUUCAUGUUGAACCUUUUUGUUGGAGUGGUUAUCAGCAAUUUUAACCAACAAAGGAAAAAGUUAGGUGGAAAAGAUCUAUUUUUGACUGAGGAACAGAAAAAGUACUAUAAUGCCCUAAAAAAACUUGGAUCCAAGAAACCUCAAAAACCCAUCCCAAGACCAUUGAAUGCAUUCCUGGGAUUACUGUUUGAUAUUGUAGAGCACAAAGCAUUUGACAUCAUCAUUGUGAUUUUUAUCUGCCUAAAUAUGAUUGUUAUGAUGGCAGAAAAUAACCAGGAAGGCACCAAGGAAAUUCUUAAAAAAAUCAACUAUUUUUUUGUGGCUGUAUUUACGGUGGAAUGUAUCAUAAAAAUGCUGGCCUUAAGACAGCACUACUUCAAAUGCGGCUGGAACUUAUUUGAUCUUAGUGUUGUGGUCCUUUCAAUAGUUAGUAUUGGAGUUUCUGAAGCCUUCCAAAAAUUCGUCUCUCCGACACUUUUGAGAACUAUUCGUUUGGUGCGAAUUGGCCGAAUCCUGAGAUUGGUUCGAAAAGCGAGAGGAAUUCGAACCCUUCUCUUUGCAUUACUGAUGUCUCUUCCUGCACUGGUCAAUGUUGGCCUUUUGCUUUUCCUAAUUACAUUUAUUUAUGCCAUUGUGGGCAUGGCAAACUUUGCCUGUCUUCCCUGGGAAGGUGGGAUUGAUAACAUUUUCAACUUUCAAACCUUUUCUGGUAGCAUUCUCUGUCUCUUCCAAAUUACAACGUCAGCUGGCUGGGAUACUCUUCUGGUCCCUUUGUUAAGUGAAUCUGGUACAUGUGCUCCCAACUUAGUUUUAAAAGAGAAAGAUAAAAUUAAUUGCACAAAUAGAGCAUUUGGUAUUUUUUAUUUUGUAAGCUAUGUCAUUAUAUCAUUUCUCAUUGUUGUAAAUAUGUACAUAGCUGUCAUUUUAGAGAACUUCAAUGUUGCCACUGAAGAAAGCACAGAUCCUCUUUGUGAGGAUGACUUUGAUAUGUUUUAUGAGACCUGGGGAAAAUUUGAUCCUCUGGCAACACAGUUUAUUGACUAUUCUGCUCUUUCAGACUUUGCAGAUGCUCUGGCAGAACCCUUGCGCAUUCCAAAGCCCAAUAGCAUCCAGCUCAUAUCCAUGGACCUCCCUCUAGUGAGUGGAGAUAAGAUCCACCACUUGGAUAUCUUGCGUGCUUUCACUAAAAGGGUCUUGGGAGAAUUUGGAGAUUUGGAUAGUCUUGAAUUAUUAACGGAGGAAAAAACUGUGGUUGCCAAUCCAUCUAAAAUUUUUGACAAGCCAGUUUCUUCCACUCUUAAGAGAAAACAAGAGGAGGUAUCAGCAGUUAUUAUCCAAAGGGCCUUCAGGAGGUAUUUGAUACAGCGUUCUUUCAAAAAUACAUCUUUCUUAAGCUGUCACAGACAGACCAGUGCUGUCUUUGGAGAAGAAACGCAGGAGAAGCAAAGGCUUAUUGUAUCAAUGCUUAAUGAAAGUAGUGGCAGGAAGACACAUAAAUCACGGCCUGGUUCUUCCAUAUCUCUCCCUUGACUUUAUGAUGCUGUUGCUGACACAAAUAAGCUGGACACAUAAAGCUGGAGCAUUUUCGACAUUUAAAGCAAAGUCACUGAUUUUCAGAUGGAGACAAUAUGUGAAUCCCAGAGUAUAAUACUCUAAAUUUAGAACAAUGAUGGCAGCCUUCAAGUAUUGUGGUUGUUUGAAUUUGCAAAUUCUCCUUAAAAUGAUUAAGAUCUGAACAACUAUAUCGUAAAUAUUGGAGAAAAAUCAAACCAUAGAAUUUUUUCUCAGCUAGUGGAGUAGGUGGAUUAAUUUUUCCACCUGCCAGUUUUGUCCUAGUUCAUGUGUUUACAGAAGAAAUCUGUAAAAGAUCAGUUGUAAGCACAGAUUUAUAAACACACAAGGCUCUAGAAUAAUGAAUAUCUCUUUAGAGAUAACCAGUAUUUCCAACUAGGCUUUAUUGUAGCAAAAUGAAAUAAUUACUGCACUUCUGUAAUAGAGCUCAUUCAGGACACUCGAGCAUAAUCAGCCUCUAAUUGUUAUGGUUUUGGGACCAUCCUCCUCUACCCGAUCUGAAGGGGAGAUGUGGCCAUUACACAGCACGGAUGGGUCUGGAGACAAGGUAGGGGUGCAGAUGGAAUGCUUUAUUGAGGCGUGCACGGGAUUUUUUAUCAGUUCAGGCGAGGAAAGCGCUAGAACGUGGGGUAGAACAUGAGACAGACAAAUGGGGGAACAAAUCGGGAUAU